ACCUGAGCAUUCAGUUCAUCGGCGUCACCACCCACAGGGUGAUCCCCCUCACGCGGGACUCGGAGUUCCCGCGGCGGGUCAGAGGCGAGGUCGACGCCUUCGAUCCGUUGACCCCCGAGGAGCUCCAGCAGGUCCGCCGAGAGGUCAAGGAGCUGCUGGCCGUCUACGGGCUCACGAGGGGCGCGGACGCGCAGCCCGAGGGUGGGCGCUGGCUGAUCGCCGACCCCGCGCGCCCGGGCUUCGGCGACGCGCUCCCCGCCGCAGCCCUUGCCGAUGCCGACAGCCUCAUCGUCCGAGGCGACCGCGGCCUCGCCUGUGUGGACGAGGACUGGCUCGCCGUGGAGAGGGUGCUGGACGAGGACCUGGACAACUGGAGGUUGCUCAAGUCGACGGGCGCGGGCCGCGACAGGCGGAUCCUCGGCGACGAGCGCGUGGACGGGGUGCCCGUGCUCUCUCUCGCCGCCGCGGCGAGGGCCAGCAGCAAGGCCCUUUGGCCUGGCUGGCCCUUCCGCGGCGACGCCUGCGCCCCGGAGCUGGUCAUGGCGCUCGUCGCGGCGGGGAUCGUGUUCAUCGCCCACCACCUGGGCUGGAGAACGAAGCUGGGGGUCAGUGCUACGUCGGGGGUGUGCCGGACGCACCGCCGCAUCUGCGAAGGCCUCGACCAGGCCAUCUGCUACGACCAACUCGACUUCGCCAACUGUGCGGUCGUCGAGCACCUCGCCCGCUGGCUCUACGAGGUGGAGUCGGCGGUCAGGAGGAACCCGAAGGUGCCAGACUUCACGAACCUGGGCGGCAUCUUCGCGGCUCCCAUGGCCGAGGACGGGCGGAUGCAGCUGCCGACCUUCUCCAAGUGGGUCUCCUCGCUCCGCCGCGACGAGGCUCAGAUCAUGAAGCAGGGGCGGCUCCGGAGCGAAGAGCACGGCAUCGACCGCGCCAAGCACGAGGGCCAGGACGGCAAGGGGCCAGGCCGCGACGGCGGCAAGGGCCCCAACCCCUCUGCCGAGUCCUCUGGCGACGCCUGCUUCGACAGCGCCUGCUGCCCGGGCGCCCCCCUCGUCGCCAUCUCUGUGCUGACGCUCCUCGUGGACGUCCCCUUGGUCGGUGGAGGCCCCGACGUGAGCUACGGCACAGACGAGCUUGGCGGCCCGAUGAUGCGGGAGAUGGCCCUCGACCUGACCCCGCCGAGGACUACCGCACCAUCCAGGGUCACAGUCACGGCGAUCUGGUCUCUGAACGCCCUCGACGCCCCAUCGCGCGCCCUUCGGGCGCACCAGCCUUCUUCGGGCUGUCGCCUCACGGAGGCGCGGCGCUCGAUCAUCUCGCGCGUCAGCCGGCGCAUCGAGAGCUACGGGGAACGACCCGACAUCCUGCCCGCCACCGCCUACGCCGACCUCAUCAAGAGUCACGACUUGUACUCGGGGCAGCCGAUGAACCUGAAGCCGCGCGACCCCAGCCUUCUCAAGGUGCUCCACCGCGACCGACGCCCCCAGGAGCUCCGCGGCUGCCUGGGCACCGAGGGUCGCAGGUACCUUGACCGCGCCGGCGAGCUUAUCUUCAGGGCUGAGGCCGAGCUUGACGUCCUCCUGGAGAGCGAGCUGAUCCAGCCCAUCACGCCGCAUUGGGGCCCGAUCCUGAAGAACAACCGCCGCGCCAGGAUAGACUUCAUCAAGCGCCUCGCCUCCGCAGGCCUCGUCGGGUUCAGGCUCUCCAUCCGCGGCCGCAUCGGCGCCUUCUGCGUGGGCAAGAAGGACGGAUCCCUCGGCCUCGUCCUCGACGGGCGUGAGCCCUCGUCGCUCCACAGGAGGCCGCCCCACGCCGCCUUGGGAUCCGCCGGGGCCCUCGCAGGGCUCGAUCUCUCCGACCAGGCCCUGCGGCCCCAGGGCGUCGAUCCCCAGGCGGCCGACGUCCGCGCGGCGGGCCUGGACCUGAAGGAUGGGUUCUACCAGUUCGCGAACGACGACCUCGCGGACUGGUUCGGGUUCAACUGCCCCGAGGCCGCGUCCGACUUCGGCGACCCGCUGGUGCACAUCCCUGCCGACGGCCGCUUCGUCCAGGUGUCGAGCGACACUCGGAUCUUCGCGGUCUUUCGGGGUCUGCUGAUGGGUUGGUCGUGGUCCCUCUUCUUCUGCCAGGAUCUCUUGGAGGAGGCCCAGUGCAAGGGGCUUCUGAGCUUGGGAUGUGAAGGCGGAGGCCGCUUGGUGCACGAGAGGUGCCCCGCGCCCAUGCUGGCGCCCGGCUGUCUCCUGUCCCAGCCCUACGUGGACAACGCCAACGUCAUCGGCCUCAGCCGCCGGGGCGCCGAGCACGCGCCUCGCGGCAUCCAGCACGUCCUGGACUACUUAGGCAUCGACUACCACGACCUGGUGGAGCCCACGAAGCUGUGCGCCGCGGUGGGCGUCGUGCUCGACACGGCUGCGCGCCGCCUUCUCCGCGCGGGGGCUCGCGCCUGGCGCCUGUACCUUGGUGUGGAGCAUCUGCUUCGUGUGCGUCGUGCAUCUGGCCGUGCCCUUCGAGUCGUGUGCGGCCACCUGGUCAACCACUUCAUGAUCACGCGGCCAGCGCUCGCGGCGCUGGACGAGGG